AUGAGCAUUGCAGUCGUUGACUUUGGAUCAUUCGCCUUGGGUAAAGCUGAACCUUCAGCUAAUGAAAUGAAACGAUUAUCCACAGAGAUCACAAGGGCAUUAAAUGAAUAUGGAAUUGUGUAUCUCAGAAACACUGGGAUAAAUGAGGAGCAAGUGUUUGGAACAAUGGACAUCUGCAGAAAGUUCUUUCUACUUCCUAAGGACAUUAAACAACAAUAUGUCCAAUCGAAGGACUCUGAGGUUCCAAACCAUGGGUGGUAUGAUUUUGAGACUGAGAGUUUAAAUCCAGCACAACCCAAAGACCUGAAAGAAACCUUUAACGUGACAACAUUUUCUGCAAGUGAUAAAUGGCCUGUCAAGGAUGUUCCCGAGUUCACAAAUUGUCUGGAAUCGCUCUUCAAGAUCUGUGCGGAGCUAUCUAUCCGAGUUUUGAAAGUAAUUGAACUGAGCCUGGGUGUUGAGAGUGGUUUCUUUGUCAGCAAGCACCAAAAGAUGGGCAGGAAUGAAAAUCUUUCAACUCUUAGAGCUGCAUACUACCCACCACUACAGAAAUCCUCUCUGAAAGAAAAUCAGACACGAUGUGGAGAACAUUCUGAUUAUGGAACAUUCACUUUACUAUUCCAAGAUAAAUAUGGAGGAUUGGAGGUAAUGUCCAGGUCUGGUCAGUAUAUCACUGCUCCCUACCUUCCAAACACAGUUCUUCUCAACAUAGCCAAUCUUCUGCAGAGGUGGACAUCUGACAGAUGGAUUUCCACAAAACAUCGAGUCCAAAUUCCACAGACUGAAGACGCGUUGAACAGAACCAGACAGUCACUGGUUUUCUUUGUUUAUCCAGAUCAUGAUGCAAUAAUCACAUGUUGUGAUGGACUGGACAAGUACCCACCCAUCACUUCGCUCCAGUACCUAAAGGAUAAACACCCAGAUUUAAUUAACUUGGAACUCUAUCCAUCCAGUGAUUGA